AUGAACGAAUUUGUGAUACCUAUCAGGAAGUAUUCUCAGUAUUCAUUUUGGGAGCCAGCACCUCAGGGAUUCAAUUCUCCAAAGGCACCAAUUAUGGUUGAGAAGUGGAAGCAUUUUCCAAUGAGGGAUAAUCUUGUUUUCAAAAUAGCGAACAAGAGUAACGGUCUACUAUCAAUAACAGUUAAUUGGAACAACCUGCAAGUACUUGAAGAAGUCACCACUCCGCUUAAAGGAGAUGUUGUUCAGUUUUCCUUCAAAGCUCCUUCAAUAUCUUGUAAAUACUUGUAUAUAGAAGGAAGCCAAACAUUCAUACGAAGAUUUCAGAUUGGAUUUAUUACUGGUAACGAAUUUCUACAGACCAAAGAGGUGUUGAGUAAGCUUGGAUUCGUUAUGAGAAAUGCAAUGUCCACCAGACAAAACACUGCCGCUAUUAAGACGCCUGUAAUGUUUGGCGGCAGCAGCACACAAAACAACAGAGCCUUCGACUUCAGCUGUGCCAACCAAUCUGCCCCAUAUUCACAGCUGGAAACUUUAAAUUGGACUGCCCAGUGUUCGCAGAAUUUGGGAUGGAAUCUAGCAGAUCCCUUAAUACUUUCCCAAAGCACCCCCCUACCAACGAACAAGUCACAUAUACUAAACAUUAAUUGUAUGGAGUCCACUACCCAUUCGACUGACAGAGAAGACAAUUUCAGCAGUCUUAAUAAUGGAUUACACAAGGAAACCAAUCCCUCAACAAUUACAUUAUCCAACACUAAGUCGAUUGAAGACAUUGACGAAGAAUUUAUAACACAAAUGCUACAAGAUAAGGAAUUCAUGAGAUGGGUAUGUGUCUUAAAGUUAAAACUAUAA